GGAUAAUUGUUGCCACAUGGGUACAAAAUGUUAUUGGAAUUGAUUUCAUCUGUAACAGAUUAGAAUGUAAUAUUCUUGAUUGUGGCUAGAGUUAUCUCCCAUCAAUAUUAUUGUCAAUAUUAUGUGUAUUAUUAAUUAAAAAUGUACAGUCAAAGGCCAAAUGGUGUUGGUGGGGCCGGGGUAAAUACCAUGAGUGCUAGAAACAAGAGUUUAUCAGCGCCAUUUAAAGAUCAGGACAUCAGUCUCGGUGCAUUGAUGAAAAUUCAUGUGACUCAUAUCGCAAGUCCACAACAUUUCCAAGUACAGCUCGACUCGUGUACAGAAAUACUAAAUAGCUUAAUGGACGACAUUUUUGGUCGCUAUGGUAAUCUUCAAGAAGGCGAGAUGGCAAUGAAGUCAUUUGCUGUAGGCCAAGCGUGUGUUGCAAAAUUUGAUGAGGAUGAAAAUUGGUACAGAGCUAAAAUUACAGGGUUAACGGCUGAUAACCUAGUGGAAGUAUUUUUUGUGGAUUAUGGUAAUACGGAAAUAGUCGCUGCGACGAAAGUCAAAUCAAUAGCUCCAGAUCUACUGGAUCUUCCAGCCCAGGCCCUGACAUGCGCUCUAGCUGGUGUUUCACCUCUACAGGGAUUCUGGCCCCCUGAGCACACGGCCCAGUUUGAAGAUAUUGCCCUUGAUCAGUGUUUCACGGCUUGUUUUAAAACCAAACAUAAGGAUGAUCAGAUAUAUCUUAUCAAGUUGAUUAGUGAGGACGGAGAAUUUAUCAACGAAACAUUUGGAGUAAAGACUAACAGCAUGUGUGUGGAGGAAGACACAGUUCUUGAUAUGAAACGACAAAUUCGUAUGGACAAUUCAGGCGACAAGCUACAGGUAACUGUUUCCAAGGGCAACACAAGUGACAACACAGUGAACUGUGCAGGAGAUAAUGACUCACGAUUUCGCGUUUUAGAAUUAUCCAUAGGCAAAUUGUAUGACGUUAGUAUCAUCUUUUCGGUGUCACCAUCUCAAUUUUGGUGUCAACCUGCCCAGAAUGCCGAUAGUUUACAAGUUAUUGUGGAGAGACUGAGCGCCACCUAUGAGAAAAUGCCAGAAAAUGCACAUCUCUUACGCAGUCCCAUACCAGGAACAAUUUGUGCUGCUAAAUUUACUGAAGAUGAUUUGUGGUAUCGCGCCAUUGUAACUUCGUCCGAUUCCCAAAGUGCUGACGUCUUUUUUGUAGAUUAUGGAAACUCUGAGACUGUUUCGUUAAAUUUAUUAAAAGAACUUGCACCAGAUUUGCAUGAUUUACCGAGUCAGGCUGUUGAAUGUAUGUUAGGCAACGUUUGUCCUUUAGACAACAGUUGGAGUAGCAAGGUUAUUGACGAGUUCGAGAAAUGGAUAUAUGAUCGAGAAAUGGAAAUUAAAAUCAUAGGUAGGGAAGGUCAAAUUUAUAUUGUAAACCUUAUUGAUUCAGUUGAAGGUUCAGACAUUGGUGAGAAACUCAUAAAAACGAACUUGGUUCUGCCUUCUUCCUUAAAUCAAAGUGUAAAUCCCUAUGGUGACAUAGAAAUUAGCUUUCCGUCUAAAAGUUCGGUUUUCGUCUCCUGGGCAGAAAGUCCCAAUAGUUUUUGGAUUCAACUUUCAGAAAAACACGAUUCAUUAGAAGAAAUGACGGAGAGUCUGCAGACUUACUGUGACGAAAAUGGAGUUGUUGCCACAAAUGUUCAGCCAGGAGUUCCAGUGCUUGCGAAAUAUUCUGAAGAUGAAUCCUGGUAUCGCGGUGUUGUUCAAUCAUUAACAGGAAGCACGGCCAUUAUUCUCUUCACAGAUUACGGCAACACAGACACGCUUCCAAUCGCGGCAUUAAUCAAAGUUCCGCAAGAAUACUUGGAAAUACCAUCAUAUGCUCUUCAUUGUAGAUUAGAUAAAAUUCGACCAGUGCAAUCUUCCAAUUCAUGGAUCGUUGAUGCCAAAGAUUUUUUAGAGGAAUUCACCGUAGAUGGAGCUAUGUGCCACUUUAUUCGCCAAGAUAAGAAUGCUGUAAUUGUUGAAAUUUAUAAGGGUGACGAAAAUAUAGAAGAAAAACUUGUUAAGGCUGGGGUGGCACGACCGAAUACCAACCAAUCAAAUUCAGGUGGACAAUACAAAUCGGGAUUUCCAAAUGCUGUAAAGCUAUCUCCAAACGAUUCGGGUAAAAUUUACGUUUCUCAUGUGGACGCUGUGGACAGUUUUUUCUGUCAGUUGUCUCAUUUUCUUGACAAUUUGGAUCAGAUCAUGGAACAGCUAGAAGUCGCUUAUUCUGAAGGUCAAGGACAAAGAAUAACCCCUAAGCCAGGAUCACCGUGUGCUGCUAAAUUCAACGAAGAUGGUGCCUGGUAUCGAGCAGAAAUAUUGAGUUGCGAUGGUAAUAAUAUUCGUAUAUGUUUUGUUGAUUACGGAAACUAUGAUACGGUUAGUGCAGACGACAUUUGUGUUUUAAAAGAAGAAUUUUUAUCAUUCCCAACUCAGGCCAUUCACUGUAAACUGGACAUAGAAAAUACAGGAACGGAAUUGGCCGAUAAAUUAAAUGACAUGGUCGUUGAAAAAGAAUUAAUGAUAAAUGUUUUGUCUGUAAACGGGGACAUUCAUACCAUAGAUAUAAUCGAUGAAUCACAGUCCAUUACAGCAAUGUUGUUGUCCGCUUCCCCUGCUGAUAUACCUCGUGCUCCAGUUAUCCCCCUUACACCAUGUCAGUUUAAGCCCACUAAGGUCCCCGUGGGAGUGAAACCCGUCCCAGCCUACACCAGUUUUAUUGUGUCCCCAGGCAAACUCUACCUCCAAUUAGCCGGCAUUGAUGACCAACUUGCAGAAAUAUCGAAAAAAUUACAAGACUUCUGUUCUACCAAUGAAUCCGUUCCAGACGUUUGUCCCGGAGAUGGCUGCACGGCGUUGUUUGCAGAAGAUGGAGAGUGGUAUAGGGCAAAGGUCAUGAACUGUCAAGGGUCAGAGGUCAAAGUGUUAUUUGUAGAUUAUGGAAACUCAGAAAAUAUUGAAAAAGAUGGCCUACGUUUUCUACCACCAGAUGUUACAGACAUUCCCCCAUUCGGAAUCGAAUGCUCAUUGGAUGAUUUAGCUCCUCAACCUGGUCCUGAUUGGUCAGCAGAAGCAACAAGUAUGUUAGAGUCUCUAGCGUUAGAUCGAGAAUUGACGUGUGGUUUUAUUUCGGCAGCCUCCGUUAUUAUCACGAUUGACGGGGAAGAAUUGGGAGAUAAACUUGUUGACGCAGACUUGGCAAAAAGAAUCAGCGCACCACCUGUUCCUAAGCAAUAUACAUAUCCAAAUAAACCAGCCAAUGAGAUGAAGGCUUUCAUAACACACAUUGACUCAGAUGGAGUCUUUUAUGUCCAGUUGUCAAAUAUGGAACAAGAAAUCAUUAAUUUGGCUAAAUUGAUGCAAAGAGAAGGAAAAACAGCAGCUCAGUUUUCGUCCAAAACUACUCUAGAGAAAGGACUCGUUUGCUGUGCCAAAUUCAAAGUGGAUCAGAACUGGUAUCGUGGUACUGUAGAAGCCGCCGAGGAAACAAAGGUCACUGUCCGAUUCGUUGAUUAUGGAAAUUGCGACGAGGUCCAAUCCAAAGAUUUAAGAAAAUGUACGCUUCCAAUGAUGAAGGAUCCCAUUCAGGCUUUUCCUUGCAAGAUGAAAAAUCUGACCGAUUGGAAUGCCGAUAUUGAAGGUCGUUUGAAUGACAUGACAGAUGAGAUAACUCUUAACUUCCUGUCCGAGGACCAACCGUUUGAAGUUGAGGCGAAAACAAAACGUGGAAAAGACAUUGCAGAUUUACUGAUGAAUCCACCUCGACCAAGAGUUUACGCCAAGGCAGUGUUACCAACAGAAGACGUGGCAGCUUUUAUUUCACAUGUGGAUUCAGAUAAUACAAUUCACGUACAGCUAGCCAGAGAUGCGGAAGAGAUUGAUGAACUCUCCAAUAAAAUAGCAGAGUUUCCGAUUGAAGAAGUUCCGGAGAGAUUGAAUUCGGGUUAUGCCUGCGCCGCCUUGUUCUCUCAAGAUAAAGCCUGGUAUCGAGCCAUCGUUACGAAAGUUGGGCCCAAGGUUGAUGUCCAUUUUGUUGAUUUUGGAAAUGGAGAUUCACUUCCUGUUAACGACCUGAAAGAACUUCCAGAAGAAUUACUCGAUGUACCACCAUAUGCUUAUCAUUGUAAAGUCCACGGAAUGAAUAAUUGGACUCAGGACGCAAAAAAUUUAUUAGACGCUUACAUGGAGAAAGAAAUAACAGUCAACUUUCAAUCGGAUACUUGUCCAUAUAUGGUUAAAUUAACUUGUGAUGGCCAUGAAUUAUCCCGAAUACUAAUGAGAGCAGAUGUGAAAAGUUUCCUGCAACAAAUGGCGCCCAGUAAAAUAAUACUUGGAUGUGUGAGCCACACCGAGGAUGAUGGGAGAUUCUAUCUUCAUUUGAACCAAAAUGACGACGUCCUCGAUAACAUCAGUCAUGAUUUACAGGCCUACUAUAAUUCAGAUGAAGCAGAAGUCGCUUACGAUUUAAAGAUUGGACAACCCUGCUGUGCCAAAUUUCCUGAAGAUAAUUUGUGGUAUCGAGCCAUCGUUGAAGAAACACAUGAUAGCAAUACAAAAGUUCUGUUUUGCGAUUUUGGAAAUUGCUCAUUCGUGGAAUCCCAUGAUAUUAAAUUCAUGGAGAAAAAAUUUAUCCAUCAUCCUGCAUUGGCUUACGAAUGUAAAUUGAACAAUGCUGGAAAAUGGACAGAAAAAAAACAAGAGAAAUUUACAGCUAUGACAGAAGGUAAAGAGCUGAAUAUUGAGUUUGUUACCAAAUCUUCUCCUUAUAUGGUGGUUGUUACCAGGAGUUUGGCAGACGUCUUGCAAGAUGAUGCUGAUCUGAGUGUAUGUGAGGAAGCAGAUGAUGUUGAGGAAGAAGGUGAAGUUAUUUCCGAUUAUCCAGCCCAGUCUCCAUCAACCGACCAAUGCUACGUGUCCCAUACAGAUGGUGACGGCGUCUUCUAUAUACAACUGGUAAGCGAAGAAGAAAAAUUGACACAGUUGUCUGAAAAAUUACAAGAGAAUUAUUCGGAAUCGAGUAAUUCUUUGAAAGAGACAAAGAUUGGAUCCGUCUGCGUGGCGAAGUUUACAGAUGAUGACAUGUGGUACCGUGCACGAGUAGAAGUCAUUAACGAUGAUGAUGUCACUGUCCGGUUUGUAGAUUAUGGGAAUACCGAUACAGUGUCUGUAGAUCGGAUUAAAAAGUCUUCUAAAGCUGAUGUAGAAACUCCUCCAUUGUCGUAUAAGUGUCGUUUGCAUGGUCUGAAUGUCUGGACAGAAGAGACUACCAAUGAAUUUGAGAAUGCUACAGCUGAUAGAACUCUUCAAGUGAAAUUUGUCUCGUCGGAAGACGCGGAAUUUAGCGUCGAAUUGAAAACGGAGGAAGGCAGUGAUAUACACGCUUUCUUCAGUAAUGGUGAUGCAACCAAAGAUGUUGAUGAAACACAAAAUUCUGAGGAGUUGAAAUCAGAAGGUGGAAAAGUUGACCCGGAGGCUGUUGAAUCCGAUCAAGCUGUCUGUAAUACAGCGUCGGAGGUUGAAUUAGAGGAAAACGAAAGUAGCAAGCCAUCAGAAAACAAAAGUAGCAAGCCAUCAGAAAACGAAGGUAGCCAGCCAUCAGAAAACGAAAGUAGCCAGCCAUCAGAAAACGAAAGUAGCCAGCAACCAGAAAGUGUAAGUAGCCAGCCAUCAGAAACUCAUGAUACAGAAACGGAUACUAAUAACAGUGCUGAGAGCGACACCUAUUUAGAUGUGAUGGCUGAAAAAAUGAAAGAAAUCGACAUAGAGAAAGAUAAAGAUAUUAUUGAAGAAAAUGGAGAAUUCCAGCCUGUUGAUGGUAAGAAAGAUGCUGACAAGACAGAAAAUGAUAAAAGUAUGCCAGAUGUGGACUAUAAAGUUGAAAAAUUGGUUGAAGGUUCACGGAUAGCCGUUUCAAUCAGCUUCUCUUACUCUCCCAGUGAGUUUUACAUCGUGGCAGAAAAAUCCACCAAAAACUUGGACAAGUUGACGAAUGAAAUGCUGGAAUAUUAUAAUGGUUUGCCUGAAACCGAAGAACAACUGACGUCUCCUUCCAUCCAUCAACCAAUCGCUGUCUACUGUCAGGAUGAUCAAUUAUGGCAUCGAGGACGAAUUGAAAAAAUUACGGAUGAAGGUUGCGAAGUGUUUUUCGUUGAUCAUGGUAACCUAGCAACAGUAUUGUUAACAGAUAUUAGAAAAUUAUGUCCUGAGUUUUUGAAUCUGCCAAUCCAAUCUGUUGAGUGUUGUUUAGCGGGAGUUCAACCUAAUGCUAAAACAGAUGAAUGGAGUGAACAAGCCAUUGAAGAGUUUGUUAAAAUUUCUGCUUACAAUAAUUUGAUUGCUGAUAUUAUUAAAGUUGGUGAAAAUGGUAAUUGUUUGGUACAAGUUAUGCAUAUGGGGAUUUCGGUGUCACAGAUGCUGAUUGAUAAAAACCAUGGUAAACUGGCAGCUACACCAGUCUGUAUCAGUAAAAAAAUCAAACGAGUUUUCUCUGACUCACAGUCUCCUGCUAAAAAACUCAAGAUGACUGAUUUAGAUGGAGCUGAUGCUGCUCUAGAUGAAGAAGAUGAAAAUGAAAGAAUCUUAAAAUGCAUUUCUGCAGAACUUCACAAUCGAGAGAAAAUACAUGCGUCCGUCUGCCAUAUUGAAAGUCCUUCAAAAUUUUACUGUCACCUGACCUUUGCUGCAGACGCGUUACAGACACAGAUGGAGAAACUGCAGACGGCUUAUUCAGAAGCAGAUGUCCAAAUCGCCAACCCUGAUGAUAUUUCUACAGGCGAUAUCGGGGUUAUCCAGUCGUCCGAUUGGACCGAUUCAAAAUUCUAUCGCACCAAGAUAGAAGCAAUAAAUGAGGAUGACUUAACGGUUAGAUUUGUUGAUUACGGACAUUGUAGUGUUGUGACAAAACACAAAUUUUUAAACCUUCAGAAACCAUUUUAUCAGCUGCCGAGCCAAGCUGUAUGUUGUAGUUUACAUAGAGUUAUUGCCCCUGCUAACAAAUGGAGUCAGGAAGCGAGAUUAAAAUUUCAAGAACUUGUCGACAAUAAAGAACUUGUUUUAGUUGUUAGAAAAAAGAUGUCAAAUGCAUUAUCCGUAGACCUAUACGAUGAACAAGUCUCAAUCGGACAGUCUUUAGUUAAUGCCGAUUUGGCUAUAGGGGAUGACACAGAAUUAUCCAGUGAUGAAAUCGACGAUAUCGGGGAGUUUGGACUAGAUUUACCAGAAAUAAGAAUUAACAACGAAUCAUUGGAAGAUUCGCAACUCCAGGAUUCCGUGUUAAAUUCUGAAAAGGAAUGGGAUGAUUUCUGUGAUCCUGAAUUGGAACUUGAUACUGAAUAUGAAAUCAGUAUCAUUCAGGAAGGUGCUUUGCCGGAUGACUUCAAGGGACAUUUAGUUGAGUACGAAAAGCAGAACUUAGAAACACUAUUUGAGAAGAUUGCGAAGGAGAUGGAAAGUAAAGAGAAAGAUUCUGAUUGGUCACCAGAAGAGGGUCGGCCAUGUUUAGUGUUAUAUGGUGAAAAAUGGAAUCGUGGUCGAGUUUCCAAAAUAGAUGGUGAUAAAAUCAAGGUAUAUCUGGUUGACGUAGGUGAGGAAGUAGAAGUUGAUAUCGUUGCUGCUAUAAAUAAGGAGUUCCUGUUGACACCUGCUAAAAUUAUAAAUUUCCGUCUGUCCGAGGUGACGCCAGUUAAUGACAAUUGGUCUGAUGAUGCCAUAAAACAUUUUAAAGAAUAUAUUAAUGGGAAGAUGAUGGCUGCUUAUCUGUCCACUAUAUCUGAUGAUGGAUACUACGAGGUUUCCUUAUCAGACGCUUCAGAUAUUGAUACAGUUAUUCUCAAUCGGCAACUGGUUGAUCUUGGUUUUGCGAAGGUCAUUCCCGCAUCACAGCUGGAGAUUCAGAUACAGAUGGAAGGAACGUUAAAUGAUACGGCAAGAAUGGGCGAACUUGAAGAAUCAUUUCAAAAUGUUUCAUUCUUAAGAGAAAAUUCUAUUGGGGAGACUGAAGGAGAAGAGUUAGGUGAAGGAUUUGAUGAUACAUGUGCUACUAUGAAUACAACUGGUCAUUCUAUUUGUUUAUUGGAUGAAACAACAGAACUCAAUCUAGAUAUAAGUAAAGCUGAGAGAUCUGCAGUGGAGUUUGAACGUGAUACACCCACAGAUUCUAAAAAUACAGGAAGUGAUGAUGAUAGUCAAAUCCAUACAGAGGCUUUAAACAACCAGGAUGAGACUAAACAAGAUGGAGUAACAGAUGAAAGUGUGACAAAGACAGAGAAAGAGACGGAUCAGUUGAGUGAAACUGAAAAGACAGAAAAUGAAACAAAGAAAGUUGAUACGGAUCAUAUUGAACCCGAGGACAAUAAAACUGUGUCUGAUUUACAUGACGGCGCUGUUGUAGGGAAACUUGAGGAUAAAAACGAUAAAAUAGAAGUAGCCGACAAUGAUUCCAUAAAUAGUCAAAACGAUCAAGAAAAAGAUGUAGAAAGUGAAGAGAAGGACAAUAAAUCUGAGGAAUCUGGGAUAAACAAUGUUAGCGCUGAAAGUGAGUCGUAGCAAAUGUUGUGAUAUUCACAUCGUAACGAGAAACGAUAAUCUUUCAUUUUGGUUUGAGUUCAGUUUUUGAGCUCCAAUGCCAACUUUUCGAUCGUAAAGUAGACAAAUCCAAUCAUAUACAGAAUAACAUCAAGUCAUUGAUAUUGUACAGUUGUCAUACCAACUUCUAUUCUUUAAUUUAGUUAUAACAUCAAGUCGUUGAUAUUGUACAGUUGUCAUAGCAACUUCUAUUUUUUAAUUUAGUUAUAAAGAAACUAAAGAUUGGUUAUGUUGUAAAAUGGUACAUUAGAAAUUAUAUUGUGUCUCAAUAUUAUUUAUUAUUUUUACCUUCGAAUGAUAAAAAGUAUGUUAAAUUUAAAUUAUGUAUUUGAUGCUUUUUGUCCAGGAAUUCCAAAUCCGCCGAAAUAGAAAAGCCCUGAUUAUUUGGUAAUGUUAUUUUUAAGUCGCUGACCUGCAUUUGUGUUUUUUGAACAGUACGUAAUUUUUCAUGACUUAAUCCACUGAGAAAUGUCCUCAAAUUGUGAAUGGUAAAGCCUAAAAAUUAGAGGCAACUGUAGAUUUCGUCAAUGUUGCGAGAUGUAAACAGGGUUAGGGCAUGUGAUUGUGGGAUAGGACUAGGAUUAGUGCUGGACCUGUUUAAAUCUUGUGACCUUCAACCAGAUCUGCAGUUGACCUUAAUUUUAAGACUAACCGGUAGUUUACAAAGAAUUCAAAAUUACUGAAAUCAGCAACAUUAAUUAAAUCAUAUAAGAAAUAAGAAUAUUUUGCAUUGCAUAGUCUGGAAUAUUUGACCCAAAUGUGAGAAUUGGGUUUGGUAAUAAUUUAUGGUAGAACUAUUAACUAAACAAAAAUAUUUGUCUUUGGCAGCAGUUAAAAUCACCAAUGGAAUUUAUGAUGAAAGAAACCCAUUAUCUCUAUAAAUAAACGAUUAUUUGUAUAAAAAUGAUAAGAAAUAAAUAAACCAUUAUCCAUAAAAAUUUUGAGAGGGAAGAUAUACAAGAAUAUAAAUAAUGAUAAUAAUAAUAAUAACGAAAUUUAUAUUGCGCAACAAUUCAUCCCACUUGGGGAUGCUCUAGGCGCAUGAAAGUGUUCAUGUGGGUUAAUUAUAGUGACUAAACAGCCAGGUUUUCACACUUGAUUUGAAGAUAGACAGUGUUUCACAUUUUCGAAUGGAAGGUGGUAGCGAAUUCCAUAAAAUUGAUGCAUUAUACUGAAAAGUCCUUGAACCAAAUUUCUUCAUCUUAUAAAUCGGUACAUCUAACAUGUAUAGUGCUUUGUGCAAAUAUUUGUAAUUAUUGUUUAAAUAUUAAAAAUAUAAAUUGAUGCUCUUUAACUGACUGAAAUGAAAAAACGUUGUGUGCACUUAAAAGAACCCUUUUUUUGUUUAAAUUCAAUAAAGGGUUGCCAGAAGAUGACAUUAUCCGGGCAAAAUUUUGCUCAUAGCACACUGCAGGGAAUAUGUGGCCUGUCUUCAUUGCCCAGUUAGUGCUGAAACGCAGGCAGUUAAACCCCAUUUCAUUUGUUCCUUCCAACCGACAAUUAACUGGCCAGUAUAAAGCCCUCCGACAUCAGAUGCGUUCCUUAGUUCUACAUGAACAUCGGACAUCAGAUUACAUGAUCUUGUCAACCAAUCAGAUUGUGUGUAUUAGUAUACAGGAACUUGCUGACCAAUCAGAUUGUGUGUAUUAGUAUACAAGAACUUAUUGACCAAUCAGAUUGUGUGUAUUAGUAUAGAGGGCUAUUUUUGUAAAUGAUAUUUUCCAUGUGGGCAUUAUCAAAUGGGAAGUAAUCUCGGUACACCUCAAAAUGGUUGUCAUUUUAUCAAUAUUUAUAUAAUUUACAUUUAUUUCACGUAUACCAUAUUAUUAUAUUAUGUAUAUGAUACAGACUAUAAGUUACCUCCAUGUAGGGAAUUCUAAACUACCCCUUGAUAGUUCCUUAAGACUGAUAUGGUUCUAUUUUCAGUUUGAUCUUUGAUCUACAAUAAAUGAUAUAUUACUUAUUUUUAUAACUCCAACCUCGUGGGUUUUCUCCGGGUCCUCCGGUUUCCUCCCACUGCUAAAGACUGCUAUGCGCAAGCGAAUUAUUGAAAUAAAAUUAAAACCAUAUGUUAGUCCCGAAAUGACCUAGUUGUGUCGAGUGGACGUUAAACCCCAUUUCUCUCUCUCUCUAUUUUUAUAAUGUCGGAAGCAAGCUAAUUUCCUAGUACAUUUCAAAAGAAUAUUUAUUACUGUCUGUACUAUUAAUGUUAGAAAUUGAUUAGGCAAUCACAAAGUUAUUUUGUUUACUGUGUGCAGAAACCCUGACAGCCAUUUAAGCUAAUGCGUAAUUAUUAAAUGUCAAAUAUUUUAGUUUUAAAAUAUUAAUACUGACAUCCAUUUCAACCACUUUAAUUUUAGCUGAAGUUGAAAGUUAAAUAUCUUUUUUCAAAGCUAAUGCGUAAUUAUUAAAUGUCAAAUAUUUUAGUUUUAAUAUAUGAAUACUGACAACUGGUCAGGAAAUGUUUAAGUAUGAUGGAUUCAAAAUUUCAUAAGUGUGACUUUUAAGGUUAAGGCCCCCAGUCCUGCUUCAUUUGACAUUGUUGUAGGUUUUUUUUUUUUUAUUAUUGUGAAGUAAUAUUUAUCAAAAUAUGAUUGAUUCCUAUUUUAUUACAUAUAUAAUAUUAUAUGAGACUGAACUGUGUGGAGGAAAGUUGUGACUAUCAGUGCUACACAACAGGAAACGUAGGAGUGUCAAUAUCCUUCAUUAGAAUAUCAAAAUUAUACAUUUAAGAUUUAGAUACAAAUUAGGUUAUAUUUUUAUAAUUGUUUGUGAAUGUGGGCGUGUGUUUUGAUUGUUAAAAGGCACUUAAUCAAAUGAGAGGGUGCUGGAAGUAUGCAGGACAAGUUAUGAGUUCAAUCUUUCGUCAAUGGUCACAAGGUUUAUACUAGUAAGAUUACAUAUGGGGUUAUACUAAUAAGAUUACAUAAGGGUUAUGCUAAUAAGAUUAAAAAUAAAAAUACAGUUUGUGUUUUGCCUGUAUAUUUGAGUGUGUUAACUUCUUACAACUUGAAAAUGUGUAAGCGUACAGCUAAUAACAUUAUGUGUGGGUAAUUUCAGUGUGUUCAUUCUGAUAACUAAUAACACUGGUCUUUAUGAAUGAAAAUACAGUUUGUAUGUGGAGUGUGUUCACUUCUGAUAACUUGAAUGAAUGAAACUCAUCUCAUCAACACAUAUUGAAGAUGAUUUGUAAAUUAGUGCUAUUUGUAAAAAAAAAAAAUAUUACAUUUUGUUUCAUGAUGCAAGUCUGCAUUUGUUCUUUAUUUUUGUUCCACUUUCAUCCCUUUAUCAUUUAAUUGUUCUAAAAAAAUAAAGUAUUAUUAUAUUA